AUGCAAGCAGUGCCGGUCCAGCUCAAAGGCAGCCUUAUCCUCAGCUCCACAAGCCCAAAGAAUUUCCCGUAUACCCUCAGCAAUUGCCUCUCGCCGUCUGAGCGCCCGAUGAACCCAGGCGAACGUAGCCUUAUCCACCACCUUAGCGAGUCGACGAAGAGUCCCACAAUUCCUUUACAGCCUGGUCCAGCUCAAAGGCAGCCUUGUCCCCAGCCGCAGCCGGUGGCCUCCCUGGAGGAGGUGGAGUGCGUGAGGGUGAGGCGCUCUUGCAGCGGCAGCGCCGACGUGACCGUGUUCCUGCAGCGGGACCGCGUGCUGGCGCUGCUCAUGGACGAGCGCGACGCCGCCGAGAUGCCCCUCGUCAUCGCCGGUUAUUACCGACUCGCUACUGGAAAGGAGCUUAACGUGGAACAGGAAAGAGAACCUAUCAACGAGGAUAUAGCUCCACCAUACCUGUCCCAGCACAACGUUAUUCCGGCGAAAUGGAGCUACCUGCACUACGACAGCCCUCUAGAGUUGAACAGGAAACACUUCGCUAUAUUCAGUAUGCCGCCGCCAUACCACUCCACGCCGGAGCAAUCCAGAACGAGCCUCGACUCUAACAUGAAUUCCAGCAUAGCGAACAGGAACCACAGCAACAGCUCCAGCCCAUUAGUGGGCUACGACGCCAAGCCCGGUCUACUCGGCCACGACGUACACUUCGAGAAGUGCAGAAGGAGCGAGGAGUUCAGACUGUUCGACCCGAACGACACAUGCUACCUAGACGAUGGAAUGGGCUUCGACCUGCAAAGCGUCCUGUCGAUGGAGCUGCUGGAGAACGCGGCCAACCCCCGGCUGGUGGAAGCGAAGAACGAGGAAGUGCUCAGACGAGUGGCGGAGAUGCAGAAGCUCGUCGAGAACUCGGAGCAGUACUUGACAGAGAACUGUGACGUUUACAACGAGAACGGCUACAACGGCGUCCUUAGGGACGAGCUGGUCGGCAGGGAAACGUGCGUCGACCAGACGGAGAGCGAUACGGAGUCGAACGCCAGUCGGAUGUCGGCGGCCGACGACGCCCCCGGCAUAUUGAGGCACAGCGAUUCGCUGCUGCUGCUGACGGAGACUAUCAAUCAGGGGCUCAGCGGUUUGACCGUCGCGGAGGACAAAGAAGCUCCUAGCGAACUAAGCAGGAGACAGUCGCAAGGGCUUAGCGCUAUACUGAACAAUUGCGGACUCACCGACGCUUUACUGGCCCUAAAUAACGACGCAUCUGAAAGCGAUAACGAUUCGCUGUACACGCCGACGAGCAGCCCGAUACGAAAACACCAAAACAAACCCAACGGCAAGGGAGUAAGGACCAGUUUCGGCCUACACAGUCCUGACGCUACCCUAGACAAUAAGGAGCCUAAUUUAAAGGAGUAUCUAAAACAAUUACGAGAGAAGAGUAGUAAAGAAAACUCAGCGGGCGCUGAGUUUCCAUUUUACUAUCAAGAAAAUGUCAUUGAGAGUGACGCCGAGCUUAUAGAUUUAACUUUGAUACCUCCGCCUCAAACGCCCGAUGAGUUGGAUUGUGCCACGCAAGUGCCUCAGAUCUUACCUGUUGUACCUCCUUCCUUCGCUGACGAUAAAGACAACGCGGAGGAAGUUCCGAAGAGCAGCGAUCUGGAAGAGUUCAUUGCGAACAUCACAGUCCAACCGCCGACGGUCGAAAAUAACCCCCGCUAUAGAGCUGACACCCGAAGAGAUCAUGUCUUACAUCAUUCCACCGCCUCCGGCUUCAAACUCGUCUACAUUAGACAGAGACGGUUACGGAAAUCAUGCUCAAGUUACGCAAGAGAAGAAGGAGCAGACCUCGAGCGAGCGAAAACUCUUAGCGAAGCGCGCAAUAGCCUCCUGCUGAAGGACAAAAGCAAAAACCUAUCCCAACCAAAGACUGACUCGCCCAAAGGCAAACGGAAAAGUAUAACAGGGGAAAAACAGGCUAACGGAAUCGCACACAUCAUAGAAUAUCCAACUGUCGAAAGAAAAGGUAUGUUUUCGUGUUGCAGCAAAGACAAGAGCAAAAACGAGGAUAGCUCCGAGGAGACAGACAAGGUAGACGGUGGUGUAGAGAACUCGGACAGCAUGCCAGACGUUUGCGAAAUAAGACCGCCCCCCAGGAGAAAAAGCGUAGAACCCAAAAAGCCCCCCGAGCGACCCCCCAAAGUACCACCGACCCCAGCACCGAGGCCCAGAUCCAAUUCGUUCACGUGCACGAACAACGAACUGACCGCCGUCGAAAUACCGAACAGCCACUUCAGCACGCUGAACAAUAGGAAGCUGAACUACAGAGUGGUCUGCGACAUGAACGAUCAGAACGCAAAGCACCCACCUCAGAUACCGCCGAGAAUAGAGAAUAGGGUCCUAUCGCCUCCCCCGCCACUACUGCUACCGCCAAAAAAGCCCCCCCUACCGCCGGUGCCGAGCGUCGAGGUGCUGAGGAUGAAGACUUCGCAGAAGCUGUCGCCGGUGCGCAGCGAGCAGCGUCUCGCCAGCAUCGGCUCCCCCCACUUCCACCGCAACCUGAGCACCUACCGGAACCUCGAGAACGAGAGCAGGGCAGCGGAGGACGAGACGAACGUGCGAUCGUCGCCCAACUACAGUUCUCUGACGCUGCAAAGCAGACACAUUCGCUCCAACUCCGAGACCAAGACCACUAUACUGAAGAACAAGGAAAUGUCCACGGCAUUAUCGCUGUGCUCACCGCAAAUGAAUCGCAGGUUCAGCAACCGACCUGACCUGCUCAACGGGGCUCCUGGGAGCCUGGAGCAGAAGGUGUUCAGCCCGCCGCUCUCCGAGAGGAAGCCCUUCCGCCUGGACAGCGCCAGCCCCGCGCCCAAGAGCCAGAACCACGUGAGGUUCAAGGACGAGGUGGCGGACGACAUCCCCACGCCGCCGUCCCCGCCCACCGUCAAGUUCCCGGAGCUGCAGGCGGGGAACAACGGCCACGUGUCCCUGGAGAACCUGCUCUGCAAGACCGAGAUCGCGGUGGACGGGCUGCUGCAGAGGCUGCACCAGGUCGCGCAGAGGUGCUCGCACCAGCACUCGCACGGCGGCGGCGAGGACAUCGACGAAGUCAAGUUUCAGCGCGCGCGUGGUGAGCUGACGUCGUGCGCGGUGUCGCUGGUGGGGGCGUCCCGCGCGCUCGUGGGGGCGCUCGGAGGGGGCGGAGGGGGCGCAGGGGCGGGGGCGGGGGCGGGGGCGGCCCCCUCCGCCCUCGCCGAUUGCCUCACGCCCCUGCGACGACUAGCGGACCUUGCGCAGGCCCUAGGCAGGCAUACGUCGUCGCCGCUGCAGACGAGGAACCUGGUGCUGCGGGUGCACGACGUGACCGCUGCCUUCAAGGACCUUGCUGGCGCCGAAAUGGCGCAGAUCAUCCACGAGCACAGCGCCAAGGGCCCGGGCCAGGGGCAGGACACCAGCUCCACCCUGGAGGGGCAGCUGGCGCUCAGGGCAGAGUGCCUAGCGAACGUCCUGGCAACACUCCUACGCAGCCUCAGAGUCUUCUCGCCC